UUUGAAACAUCCCGUUUUCCCUCUUUAAUUUUAGGGUUUCCAUCGCCCUCCCCUGUUUCACCGUUAUGUCGUCCACGAGAUCGGGUUCAAGAUACCCGUAUCCACGUUCACGUCACCGGGACCCUUUGUCCGGCUCGAAACGCUUGGAACCGGAGCAGUCGUCCCUUUCGAAGAAACAACUACAGUAUGCCAGGAGUAACCAUGAAGAUGAUAAUGAAAGCGAACUCUGCAUGAAAAAGCUUUCCGAGUUUAACGAAUCACUGCGGCGCCAACACCAAUCAACAUCCACCAAGUUCCAAUGGAACCGUCUCUUAUCCGAUUGUCCCGGGAAAGAGGCAGCGGCGGCUAGUAAGCCCAAACCAACCAUGCCGAACGAUGAAACAUCGUCGCCUUAUUCGAUGAGUCCAAUGGGGAUUGAUUUAACUGAAGAAAAUCGCUUCGUUGGUUCAAGGCCACUACAUUUGAAGGAAGUGAAGUCGGGUUUUAUCAACAAUGGCGAAGGUUUUGGAUACCAAGAUAUUGGAAAGGAGGGAAUGAUCGGUGGAACAGUUGGUUUUGAUGGGUUUGGAGAAAAAUUGGGUUUCGAUUCUUCGUCAGUGAUAUUUCAAAAGGCCAUGAGCCGGAUUAGGAGGACCGAGGAAGUUACUGAAUCAGCUUAUAGGAAGAUGGAAAGUGUAAGAGCGAGAGCCAGUGCUAUUGAUUCUAUCGUAGAUAAAAUCGAUGGCUCAGGGAAAAGCGGGGCCAUGGAUAUGGAGCCACGUAUUUCUUUACCACAACAGUAUAUGACUGAGAAAAAGAGAGAAGUUUUGCAUGGGGAGAUGCUUCCUCGGAGAGAAGAUUGUAGCAAUUAUGCUUUAACUCAACAUUAUGUUGGUUUUAGUGGAGAAGGAGAGAGAGUUGUGGGUCUUGAGAUGAAUCAUUUUUGUAGCCCAAAGGGAGCUCUUUUCCAUGGUGAAAGGCGGCGAUUUCCUCAACUUUCUCCUGAUGUAAAGGAAAAGGCACAUAGGAAUCUGGAGCGAGAAAUUGAGGUUGUUGGUAGUUGUUUUAAUGGCGGUAAGAGCCAAAAUGGAGAGGUUUUUCGUAGUGAAACCCAGCAGUUACAACGUUAUGCUCAUUUCAGUCGAGAAUCACAUGAUGAGAUGAAGCAAUAUAAUGAGAAUUUCGGCUCCAGGAUGAAAUGUCAUCCGAGUCCAAAGAGAGUUCCUUUACAUGCUGAAGGCCAUUCUUUAGCUCAAACCUUCGUCAGAGAAUCACAUGUAACGGAGCAAACAAAUGAUGUUUUCAGUUCAAGGACGACUCGUCCUAAGGGCCAGAAGAUGGCGCUUUCGGAAGUUGAAAGACCGGAGUUAUCUGCAGAUCAUACUCUUGCUUUACCCCAACGCUAUCUUGAUUUUAUUGUUGAACCCGAUGAUAAACAGCAAGCAAAUGAGCUUCUGGGUUCUAGGAUGACCCAUUAUCCUAAACUAAAUGUAACGCCUUCGCAUGGUGAAGAGCUGCAAAUACAAGAUGAUUUCAGCCAUUCCUUACCUCGUCAUCAUUUUGGUUUGAAUGGAGAAUCGCCGGUGAUGGAGCAAGAAACUGAAGUUCUGGGUUCAAGAAUGUGUUAUCCUCAGGAUGACAAGGAAGCAUAUUUUCGUGGUGAAAUGCAGCAGUUGCAGCAAGAUUGUGCCAUGGAAAUCUAUCCCUUUCCGAAUGAUGAUGAUGUCAGUACCAAUGAAGGUAGCACCCCACAUAUUUCAGCAUCAGAGGAGGUAUGCAUCAAUAGCCAGUCUUCAAUGGAACAUCCUAAGAAACGUAUUAUCGACCUGAGAAAGAUUAUAGAGAGUCGGAUUAGUACAUUAACUCAAACUUCUGAUGCCUCAGAUGAUGAGAUUCUUGAUAUCGGAUAUCAAGGUCAACGAUAUAGUGACGAAGAUUCCAGUCUUCCAAGGAACUCUCCUCAUAUGCUAGAAUUUACGCAACUCACUAAUAGGAAAAGUAUAAAGCAGCGUUUGGGGGGGCCUUGUCGAGUUAAUUAUCCUUAUCCUCCGCAUAGGAAAAGCAUAAAGCAACGAUUGGGGCCAUCUUGUCAAGUUCACCAUAAUAGGACAACUGUAAUACAGCGUUUAGGGCCAUCUUAUCAAGUUCAUAGUUCAAUUUCCAUGCCUAGGAUUGAAAGGCAUAAACCGAGCAAACUGGCAAAGGAAAAGGUUAUUGAGUUUUGCAAAAGGGUUCAAGCUCGAGGUGUUGUUUCACAUCCUGUGAAACGUGGAAGGACUGUGCCACCUGAGGACUCCGAUGAGUUUGAGCAGCUAAUACAUCGCGCUUAUUUUAAAUUCGUCAAAGUGUUGAAUGAGAACCCAGCUCAAAGAAGGAAAUACACAAAUAAAGGAGAAGUUGAGACCAUAAAAUGCUGUGUAUGUGGCAGCAAAUCCGAAGAUUUUGUCAAUACUCUAAGCUUAGCGAUGCAUGCCUUCGCUUCCCAAAAGGUUGGGUGUAGAGUAGAGCACAUGGGUUUGCACAAAGCCCUUUGUUUGUUGAUGGGAUGGGACCCAAUGGCAGUUUCUAAAGGUAUAUGGUCCCCUAAGACACUGCCGGAUGCUGAAGCCUUGGCUAUGAAGGAAGAUCUUGUUGUCUGGCCUCCUGUUGUUAUCUUGCAUAACGGUUCUAUAGGAACUACAAAUUCAGGUGAUCGAAUUGUUGUAAGUAUCGAGGAGCUUGAGGCAUUUCUCAGGGAGGCAGGGUUUGGUCGGGGGAUAUCAAAGGUGUGUCGUGGGAAACCGGUAAAUCAGAGUAUUAUGGUAGUUAUCUUCCACGGAACCUUUUCAGGGCUACAGGAAGCCGAGAGACUUCAUAAGUUGUACGCAGAGAACAAACACGGGAGGGAUGAGUUUCAGCGAGUCAAUUGCAACAGUGGAGAAACGCAACACAAGUUGGAAGACGUGUUAUAUGGCUACUUGGGAAUAGCUGGCGACUUGGAUAAACUCGAUAUCAAGACAAAAAGUCAUUCGAUAGUUAAAAGCAAGAAGGGAAUCUAUGCCAUUGCUGAUGCUCAUCUUGACACUGAAUGAGAAAGAGAAGUGAUAGAAAGGAAAUAAGAAGAGGUAAGUGCAGGCUUUGCGUUUUUGAACCCAGGCAUACGAUGGGUGGUGUUUUUGUCAAAUGGAAACUACAACACCAGUUGGAACACCCUGUUUUCUUCACCACAAAAAGAGGUUUAGGGUUUAUUGUUAGGAAAUGUAAGCUGGCAGAGGAUUUGCAUUUGUUUUCACUACUACUUUGACAAAAUGACAGAUUCGGUAUUUGCAAAACAGAUUGGAGUUCCACCAUCCAAGUUUAUCAACUUUGAAAUUAAAAGUUGUCCUUCAUUUUUAACUUCUAUUAUUGAAAUCCAAUAGUUGUACAUGGACUAUUUUUAGAAUUAAUUAAAUUCUUGAAAAUUAUGAAUUUUAGAAUUAAAUAA